GCCGAGGCAGAGAAGAAGACGACGGGCACAAAGCGUGGGACCCGAGCGGCGAGGUCACACGAGAAUCACAACUUCGCAGCGGGAACAGGAGCGAUCCUAAAAUAAGGCACGGAUGCGUGUAUUUGUAUGGUUACUCGCUCUGAUAUUUUCCAACCAGCUAUGAAAAAAUGCCGAUAAUCCUGCGAUUACAAGGUCUGGACGUGAAGGCAGGCACAGAGGACAUUAGGAAAUUCUUUGAGUCUCUUUACAUUCCUGAAGGAGGAGUGUAUAUUGUAGGAGGAAACUUGAGAGAAGCGUUCAUUGCCUUCACCACUCAAAGAGAUGGCCAGCUUGCCAUGCGCCGCACUGGGAAUUUUCUCAAAGGGUCUAAGGUUUCUCUACACAUCAGUAGCAUGGACGAGCUGGAGCAGAAAUUGACAUCAAAGUUGAAGAAGAAAGCCACUUCUCCACCGCCACCUCCAGUCCUGAAGCCUCAGCCCUCAGCUGCGGAUCAAGCGCCUUCGAACGCAACCUCAGCCGAUCCUUGCACCGCUCUCCUGCUGGGGCUCGUCACGGUUCUCCAAGGAUUUCAGUCACACGAGCAAGAGGAGAACAAUGAGGCAGUGUCACCCGUAGAUGCUCCCAAAGCUGAUAGCCCAGGUGUGGUUUCUGAUCAGACUCCAGAAGAAGCUUGUAAGUUGAGGCCGGGCUACGUCAGAUUAUUUGGUCUGCCGGCGUCUGUUACAAAAGAGGAUAUCUGCCAUUUCUUCAAGGGGCUUCUUGUUCAGGAGGUCAUAGUGAAUGUAAAGCUGGGGCUCGGUCGCGCUUGCCUUGUGAAGUUUGCCAACUUCCGGGAUGGAUGUGACGCUCUUCACUUCAACAAUCAGCUGCUGGGCUCCAUCCAUGUGGAGGUCCGCGGAGCAUCUGAGAAAAUGUGGACCAGUGCGUUGCAGGAAUGUGAAAACUCACACAACUUGGAAGAAACAGCUGAGGAGGAAGCACCCACAGAUAUACAAAAUAAUCCUAAAACAAGACCACCUUGUGAUCCACUGAAGCCCAGGCGAGGCCCUCUUGAGGAAACCGAAUCCCACAAACAACAAUCCACUUCCAAAGUUCAGACCAAGAGGCGCUCAAAUGACUCUUUAGACAUGCAGCCACAAAAGAAGCCCAGAUAUGACUGUGACUCCACAAAUGGCAUGUCACCGCCUAAGGAGUGCACGGUCAUGGUGAGCAACCUGCCAAACAAGAUAACAAAGACUGAAAUAAAAGAGCUGUUUGGAUGUCCAAGCAUUCCACACAACAAGAUAUUACACCUUCUUGAUAAGGAAGGCAACAGAACAGACACAGCAUUUCUCACUCUUGACCGCACUGAGGAUUAUGAUUAUGCUCUGAAUCUCAAUGGUUGCCAUGUAGGGUCCCAGGCCAUUGAGGUCUCAGCAAUCACCAAGGAGAGGAUGGAGGACAUGUUGGCCACUUCCAAAGCUGGGUGUGUUUGGAAACCCCUGAACAUAAGGUUAAAGGGAAUGAAGAAACCAAAGACUGGAAGACCGGGCAUUAACCCGGCAGCGCAGACAUGCCUGUUUGUCAGGAACAUGCCAGCAGACGUACGGAAGAGUCAGCUAAAAAACUUUUUCCGCAAAUAUGAACUGGUGGAGGAUAAUAUAUUCCUAUUGCACGACAGUGAUGGUAAUGGUAUUGGUGAGGCUGUGGUUCAGUUUAAAUCACAGAAACUCGCUGCACAGGCUCAGGGGCUUCACGGUCAAGUCUUCCUGGGUACACAAGUGCUCCUUGCCCGCAUAAAUGUGAAGCAAAUGAGAGAGAUCUUAAUGCAAACAUUUUGAGGUACAGGAAUUCCUUCCAUGGCAGUCUAACAGAACGUUGUUAAAUGUUGAUGCCGCCACUGAAGCAAUAUUGUGGGAGUAUCUUAAUUUUUCCAUUAAAUUCAUAUUAUUUUUGAAGACUAAGCUGUAUUUCAUCGAGCUGGUAAACUCGUCUUUACUAUCAGUGUUUAAGCUAAGACAAAGCUUUGAAUGUUUAAUUAUGAGAUGUUCUUCUUGACAUUCCCUAUUGGUGAGCAACUUUUAACUUUUCACAGUUUAAAAUAAAUGUUGCCAAA